AUGAAUUUUUUCAAUAAACCGGAUCCGAAAGGUUGGUUUUUUUUUGAAUUUCAAAAAAAUUAAGAUGUUGGCUCAGAAAAGUAAGAUCCACAUUUUAGAAGAAAAUUUGAGCGAAAAAAUGAAAUUGUUGUAAUAUUGAAAUUCAGGCUCUAUUUUAGCUGACACAGUAUUCUGAAAAACAUAUUUCUGUGAAAUUUGAAAAAAAAAAGUUUUUUAAUUCCAGAGGAAAUGCGCAAAAAUAAUCGGGAGCUGAAAAAAACAAAUCGAGAUUUGGAAUCUGACAGGAGACAAAUGGAAAGAAGAGAAAAGGAACUCGUGAGUUUGGAUUUUGGGGUUCAGAUUUUUUUCUUAAAAAUGAAUAAGUCUUUGACUCCGAAAAUAAAAAACAAUGAAAGUUUCCAAAUUCGCUUCAAAUUUUUUAAAUUCAAAGUUGUUCCAAUUUUUCUAGAUUCAUGUAAUUGUGAAAAUUUCUAAAUUUAUCAAAAAUCCAGAAAAUUCUUAUUUUCUAGGAACAAGAAAUCAAAAAACUGGCAGCGAAAGGACAAAAUGAUGCAGCUCGGCACUUAGCCAAACAACUUGUUCAACUUCGAAACCAUAAAUCAAAAAGUAUCGGAAUGAGUGCGAAAAUCAGUGGAAUUCAAGCGCAAAAUAGUCAUAUGAAUAGCAUGGCAAAAAUGUCAUCAGCAAUGGGAACAACUGUGAAAACAAUGAAAGCAAUGGACAAAUUAAAUCCAUUGGAAAAAGUUGCACGAAAUAUGAGAGAAUUCCAAAUGGCAAAUGAGAAAAUGGGAAUGACUGAAGAAAUGAUGAAUGAUGCUUUGGAUUCAAUGUUAGAUCAACCAGGAGAUGCUGAAGAACAAGAUGCUAUUGUAAAUCAAGUAUUAGAUGAAAUUGGUAUCGAAAUGAAUAAUAAGGUAUGCACUGAAUUCUGCAGUUCUAAAUAAAAUACAAUAUCAAAUUCCAGCUUGCUCAUGUUCCUUCGGUUCCAACUUCAAAUACUUCCGUCUCAACUUUCGAUGAUUUAGAACAACAAUUAUCUCGACUAAGAAAUUAA